AUACUCCUCUACCAUUACCUCAGCUGGUAUGUUUCAGUACUGGUUUGGCUGUCUGCUAUAUGUGGAUGGUUGUCUUCUGGUAAAGCAUCAUGAAGAAAAUGGGAAGUUCUUCAGAAAUUGAAGAAUCUGAUCAUAUGGAAGAAACAUCAGCUGGAACCGAUGAAUCACACAAUGAUGAAGCUAAUUCAAACAUGCAUGUAGCCAGCCAGUCAAAGUUGUGGCAUGCUAAAUAUAAUAUAUUCAGCUCACCGAAACCCAAAGGCCGUCGUUUUUACAAAGGAGAUGUAGAUCGAGAUAUGGCUCCUAUGGAUUCUGUUUAUCAGAUAGAAAGCAAAGUAAUGGCUCCAACCAUUAAGUUCCAGCUAAAUUAUGAAAAAGGAAAGAACUGUAAUACAUUGGUAAGGCAAAGUACAUCAGUAGAAUCCACAACUAGCUGCAAGGACAGAACAUUUAAGCUGUAUGACCAGAGGAGGAUAUUUGAAGCUGCUGCUUAUGGAGACUGUGAUGAACUUGAUGAUCUUCUGGUUUAUCUGCUCAGAAGUCAGAAACGCCUCACUAACAAGGAAUUUAAAGAGCCAGAAACAGGAAAAACAUGUUUACUAAAAGCUAUGCUGAAUUUGAAUGAUGGGAAAAAUGACACUAUACAACUGUUUCUGGAUAUAGCAGAGAAAACAGGUGAUCUGAAAGAAUUUAUCAACUCCGCUUACACAGAUAACUAUUACAGAGGUCAGACCGCACUCCACAUUGCCAUUGAAAGAAGGAAUAUUGAUCUGGUUGAACUUUUGUUGCAACAUGGUGCUGAUGUCCAUGCCAGAGCAGAUGGAGAAUUCUUCAGGAAGACUAAAGGAAGAGCUGGUUUUUACUUUGGGGAGCUGCCUCUUUCCCUAGCUGCCUGCACCAAUCAAGUAGAAAUAGUCACUUAUCUCCUCCAGAACCAGUACUCUCCAGCUAAUAUUGCAGCCCAGGAUUCUUUUGGAAACACUGUACUGCACGCCUUAGUAGACAUUUCUGACAAUACUAAUGAGAACACCAAAUUUGUGACCAAAAUGUACAGUGUUGUGUUGGUGCUGGGAGCACAGAUUAACCCUUGCUUAAAGCUAGAAGAAAUCGCAAAUAAGAAAGGUUUGACACCUCUGACUUUGGCAGCAAAAACUGGCAAGAUUGGGGUGUUUGCCUAUAUUCUGAGGCGAGAGAUCAAGAAUCAAGAGUGUAGACAUCUUUCUCGAAAGUUCACUGAAUGGGCCUAUGGGCCAGUGCAUUCCUCUCUUUAUGAUCUCUCAGGUGUGGACACCUAUGAAAAUAACUGUGUGCUUGAGAUCAUCGCUUACAGCACUGAGACACCGAACCGCCAUGAUAUGCUCUUAGUGGAGCCUCUCAACAGACUUUUGCAAGACAAAUGGGAUCGAUUUGUUAAACGUAUAUUCUACUUCAAUUUCCUCACAUACAUUGCAUAUGUGAUCAUCUUUACAAUUGCUGCCUACUACAGACCAGUAAAUGGUGAUCCUCCAUUUCCAGUAAAUCCUGAUGAUUACCUUCGUACAGCUGGAGAGUUAAUCACUGUGAUGGGAGGAAUCUAUUUCUUUUUUAGAGGGGUUCAAUAUUUCAUGCAGCGAAAGCCAUCACUAAAGACGUUGCUAAUUGACAGUUACAGCGAGGUUCUCUUCUUUAUCCAAUCCCUUUUCUUGUUGUGGUCUGUUGUUCUAUACUUCAGUAGACGCAAGGAAUAUGUGGCAUUAUUGGUAAUUUGCCUAUCAAUGAGCUGGGUUAAUGUGCUCUACUACACCAGAGGUUUUCAGCAAAUGGGGAUAUAUGCUGUAAUGAUUGAGAAGAUGAUUAUGAGAGAUAUGUUGCGUUUUAUGUUUGUCUACAUUCUUUUUCUCUUUGGAUUUGCUGCAGCUUUAGUGACUCUUAUUGAAGAUGAUGUAAAGGUGGAUAGUAAGCCGGAUAAUUUUUCACAAGCAAGACGCUGCUGCAAAGCUCCACCAUCCUCUUACAACAACUUGUAUUACACCUGCCAAGAAUUGUUCAAGUUUGCCAUCGGCAUGGGAGAUCUGGAAUUCACAGAGAACUACAAAUAUAAGCCUAUAUUUAUCUUGUUGUUAGUUGUCUAUGUUAUCCUGACAUACAUCCUCCUGCUUAACAUGUUAAUAGCUCUGAUGGGAGAAACAGUGAGCAAGAUAGCACAAGAAAGCAAAAGUAUCUGGAAAUUACAGAGAGCAAUAACAAUACUGGACAUAGAGAAAAGCUUUUUGAAUUCCUUUAGGAAUACGUUAAGAUCAGGAAAAUCUGUUUUAGUAGGACUGACACCUAACGGAAAGGAAGAUUACAGGAGGUGCUUCAGAGUUGACGAGGUGAACUGGACCAAAUGGAACACAAAUUUGGGGAUAAUCAAUGAGGAUCCAGGGAACUGUGCAGGACUUAAAGGAGUGUUGAGUUCUUCAUUCCGUCCAAGCCGAGGAAAGAGGUGGAAGACCUUAGUGCCUCACAUAAGAGACUUCAGCUUCAGAACUGAAAGAGUUAAGGUGCCAGAGAAUGUAGGCGUGCCGCUACAAGCAAUAACUGAGAAUUCCGUGGAACAAGAAGAGAAGGGCCUGGUACCUAAAGAAGUAUAGAGUUGUUAGAAUAGGACUAGUUCCUAAAGGUUUAUGUAACACAGAAAGUUUCAUUGCGUCAUACUUUGUUAGUAUGCAGAUAAACUCUCAUAAAACCUUUUUUUCUUGUUGUACAGAAGUAUACAAAAAAUAUGACCAACUAUAAGUAUUAAUUUUCCUAUCCAGCCAUUUCCUUGAUUUAUUUUGUAAGUGAUAACCUGUGAAACAAAUUGUUCUGAUUAUUUUAAGAAAAAAAUAAAUAAUAUUGUACAAUA